AUGUCACAUUCUAGGUCUCGCUCCAGCCCCAAGAAAAAGAGAUCGAAGCGUAAAGCUGUAGACUCUGACGGGCAAGCGAAUUCAACCAAGAAGUUGCGGGCUGGGGCCGAGAUACCCCUGCAAUUACAGCAGCCAGAGUUCGUGGACAACACCCUGGCCACUCGACGUUCUGGGCGUGCAGGCGCAGGAACAGGAGGUAGGGCUGUCCAACUAGAGAAGAUUGGUGCUCUUUUAGAUGCCUCUCACAUGCGCACCACCCAAUGCAAGGGCACUACUUCCCUUGACUCAAACACUCCUGCGAACCCUCUCGCUCCAGAACAGCCUCGUAAGGGCCGCGGGAGUCGCUCAAAGAAACCCCCUCCGCCUCCUCCAUACAGCCCCUCAGAGACAGUGGAUCCUCCAAGUUCUAGAAAGCAGGGGAAGAAGGAUAAGGCAAUGAAGAAGGGUGUUGCUCCUGCCUCUACUAGUAGCUGUGAGGUACCAAAUCUCCAACCCAGCUUUUCGCACCGCAAACCUGGGUCGCGGUUUGGAUUCGGGCAGUCCCUCACCCCCUCUGGCACAGACAUUCAUUUGCAGGUUAACAAUACACUCGUAGCUGCCACCAAGAAGCCUUCAGACCCCACAGCACAUCCUCCACCCCCCAUAUAUCCAAUGCCAAAAGCACCUACCACAUCCACGUCAGUUAUGCAUCAAGCUGACACUAACUUUGACAAGAAUCUGGACCCUGCCCUGUGGUCAACCGCUGAUGUAUGUUUGGAAUCGCGAGACACUGCUUCUGAAAGUUCAGACUCUGAGACUACUGACGAUGGUGAUGAAAGUGAUGACAACAACAAGGAUAGCAGUAGUGGCGAUGACGACAACGUCGGUCAGGACGCUCAUGGAGACCAAGAAGUGGGAUGGGGUGCAGCAUAUGGAUGCCAUAGUGCUCAUCCCGGUUUUUUAAAAGAAGCUCAAUCAUCACAACCUCUUAUCACUACCGCCCUUCCCACUGACUUUGAAUUUCAACACUCGCGUGACGAAGAUGAUAAUGCAGCAAUGAAGUCUUUAGUAGCCGAUGUCACAUCCAGCACUGACAAUGCUUCAACUCCAGUUGUACCUGCUGAUGUCCUACACCUUCACCACAAGCGAAACGGACGUCCCCGCCCUCCCAACCCUGUAAUCCUCGAUUUCUUACGUCAGGCUGAGACAAAAGAUCUCAAGUCGAAACCAAAGGUCAAAUCGAAAUCAAAGAGUUUUCUCGAGUAUGUGAAGGGAGAGUGCCAUGUCCAACAUGCGAUAGAGAACCCAUUCCCAAAAUUUGUCGACAAUUUGCCAGGUUCUGUUAAUGAGGCCCUCAUGUCUUCACUUGUAGAGUGGCUGGAAGGGGGGAGUCUACUAGGUGUGUGGCCUGAUCGGAAACAUGACAUGGCAAAGCUGCUUUAUGAAGAUUUAUCAAUGUGGCGCUCAGAUCUCAAGAAGAUCGUAACUAGCAUUGCGCCAUCCCUAUAUGACCUCAUCCUGCCAUCUGACAUUCCUCCCCAAGAACGUGCAGCCUGGGUUGAAGAGGCCGUGACAAUGUUGCUAGAGGACUCCGCCUUUCUGCGCUAUGGUGUGGAUGAACUCGGCAAAACUCAAAAUGCAGCUCACCCGGCGCUGCGCGAGGCUGUCAUUGCUUUCUUCUACACCGGCUCUCAUCGCGUCACUCGCAGGAGACCUGACAUAUUUCAGAAGCAGUUACCUUUGGAGUGCCUUGCUUUAGUUAACUGUGUCCUCGACGGCUUAAAGAGGAACGGUAACGGCAAAUCAAUUCCGAAGUUUACUUCCAAGGAGUAUGGCGCAUUGUAUGAGUCGAUGUUCAAACUACUGAGACAACUCAUGGAUGAUCCUUAUCAUGGACCGAAGCUGGUGCGACAGCUUUGUUCGUGGGCCAAAGCUGGAUGGCAAGCUGCGCGUUUUUUUAUGAAGUUUUGA